AUGUCCGGGUCAGGAAAGCCACACAAGCUUCCUCGCAAAUGGCAGGUCCUGGGCUCUACCCAGAGACUCAAAUUUGUCCGCCCUGUGGCAACAAAGACGCGGAGAGGGGUUGACUACAAGAUGGUGGAAAUAUCCAGGGCUGAUGGUAAUCAGCCUCUGAUUCAUCCACCCCCAAUAGGCGAUCUGCCGAGCCACGAUCCACGGGAUCCGAUGGACCCCAGGAACCACAUCGAUGUUGCGGACCUUGUUGGCAUCCAUGGGCCACUGCCUAAGCGACCCAAAGACUCGGGAUCAACACAGGCUGAUUUCAUGGACGCAUGGUUGGCUUUACGGGAAUCGUUCUUGGAGCGCCUAAUCGAGCUUGAGGGUCCAAGAGAGAAGCGGAAUUGUGCCGAUUGCCGAGCAGAGUGGAGCCCGUGGCGCUGCAUUGAAUGCGUCGGCUCACCCAAGAAAUGGAUCGCUCAAGAGGCGGAUGAGGCAAAUGUACGCUUCUUCUCGGACACAGACGGCAACGACAAUAGCGACGACGGUGAAGCGGCGGACCCCAUCCAGCAAGGCCCAAUUGAAUCAGAGGAGGGUUAUUACGCACCAAGCUCUCUCUAUGAUGUCGGGAUCCGAGUCUUCUUGGGUCACUUUGGGCAGUCGUGCCCUCUAGUCGCCAUGUAUGGCGGCACCCAACCAUGUAAGCGGAUUACAGUGGUCGACAUCACCGGCGUGCACAGCAUACGGGUUUCUCCAUGUGUAUGCCACACUGCUGAGCCUGAGGCUAUGCAGCUUCUCUCCAUAGGGCUCUAUCCCGCCUCUGUCCUUGCACCCCGGACUGCUUUCACGUUCCGGGUACUCAACGACUUCUUGCUGGCCAACAAGAUCUCAGGGAGUGCUGCCGAGAGCUACUAUCAGCGUUUGCGCCGCCUGUCGAACCCCGCGUUUCCUCAAGCCGUGCCUGACCGCUACCGCGAGCUUCUGCGUGUCAGCCGACAGUGGCGAAACCUCAAAUAUCGCAAAUGGAAUGGCUUUGGUCACGAACGAGGGCCAGUGGGUCCCGGUGAGCUUGCGCUGGGAUGUGUGGCCUGUCCAAUGCCCGGAGUCAACCUCAAGGCAGGUUGGGAACAGGAUCCCGAUCGGUGGAAGUUUAUGCAGACGUUUGUCAUGGACGGCAACUUCAGCGCCGAGCAUCUGAAGAUGCGCUGCCCCGCGGAUGAUGUAGCCAUCGGUGACGGGCAUGGCUUCAUGGUGACAGAUGCACCGUACAAGAAUCACCUCCAGGGCACAUUGGAACAACGAGAGCAAUCAAGCUGUCACGCUCAUCGUGCCGUCAAUCAAGCCAAUGCCGACCGCCAUGACAUGGAAGCUACAGGCAUUGGCGCGGUUGCCUGUGGGCGACAUGGUUGCUUCAUCCCUCAUGCGGUGGUGGAUUUCCAGAAGGGGGAACGACAAAUGAACAUGGAUUAUGCGCUUUCCCAGGCGCUACGGCACCACACAGGCAUCCAAACGUUUCUUAUCAUGUACGACAUCGCAUGUCAGUACAGCAAGAAGGUCCUGGCGAGGUUUGCUCAGGGCGCGCACCUCAGCUGGCCUGAGGCGGCUGACAUAUUUUGGGGAAUUGGCCUGUUCCACAUCCAUGGCCACCAGCGCGACUGUUUACCAAAGUACUCGCCUUCAUUCAUUCCUGGCGCUGGACAGGUAGACGGCGAGAUCAUCGAGACAUUAUGGGCCCCGCUCAAUCGGAUAUCGGGCAGCACACGCGCCAUGGCAACAUCUCAUAGGAAAGAGGUCAUCGACGACCAUAUGAAUGACGCCAAUUGGCGAAAGACAAUCGGCAUGGUGAAGAUGCUGUCUCGGAGGUUCAUCCAGGCUGAGAAGCAACAGGAGCUGUGCCAAGAGCUGCUACAGGAACUCGAGGAGUCUAGUGAUGCAGAACUGUUGGCCAAAUGGAAGGAGCUUGAGAUGAGAGCGCGGAUGGAGAGAGGACGAGAUCUGUCGGUCAUGGAGUCCUAUGAGGUCACCCAAGAGAAAGCCCCUGGUAAGAAGCAAAUGCAGCUUCUGCUUGAACAAGAGGAGGGCAAACAGAAGGACAGCCCCGGAUCUACGUCAUGGCUGGCGGAGGGAAUUUUGAUCCAGGAGCAACAGCUCGCUGUAAGCGCGCUGGCACGAAAGCUGAAGAAGCACGCCUUACUGGCGGACAGACUCCAGCUUGUGGAGAAGCGCAACAAAUUGAAGCGAGCGGUGGAUCGCUUUUCGAGCAAAGCAGCUGGCUACUGGAAGCAGGAAGAUGAUGAGGAGGCAGACGAUGAAGCGGCCCGACACCCUGGGGCCUACGCCGGAGAGGAAUGGGAGGAUCUUGAAGAGGAACCUGAUUUGGGCGAGGAUCGCAUAGUGAUGGAUGAACCUGAAGAUGAGAUAUUGCCGGAGUCCAUCUCACUUCUGCUGCCAUCGACAUUGGGGAAGGUGAGGUUGGAAGAGCUGGGGAAGGUCGAGAUGGGUCGUCGGGAGCUCCGCCUGAGGGAGGGUCAGGCAAACGAUGCCCUCCACCGACUUCGUAUGGCCCUCGGCAUGAAAUCCGUUCUAUUCCGCACAAAGGUUCGCCUCGCUAACAGCCAAAGGACGAAGACGAGAGCAUACAAGGACGUCAGUGGAGUGACGAAGGUCAUCACAGAGUGCGCCCGCCUGUACACCUUGGCUCGAACGGGCAUGACACGGGUGCUGAUGGGGGACGCCGAAGCGGCCAAAAUGGAGAAGCAGUUCAAAGACUAUCACAAGGCCAUGGGUCGGGACUCAUCACAGCAAAAGGGGGUGGGAAGCUCUGGGCAGCCAUCGCAGCCGAACAGCAGUGCCCAGGUGGAAGCCAAGCAAGUGUUUCGUGAAUGGCUGAAGACGCUGCCACCACAGCUGCAGCGAUACCGACCUCUGACUAAAGAAGAUCUCAAGACGACGACACACUUGCUAGACCACACAGAGCGGAAAAGCCGUCACAAAGAGCUAUCGUGGAUAUGGGCAGUCGAUGUGGGAGGGGAUACGGAGAGCUCAGAGUGGCUAACAGAACUGCACCGCGUGAACUGGCUGCGAGAGAAGGCCAAGUGCGACCGCUGGCGAGAGCAGCUGGUCCUGGUGGGUGAGGAGAUGCAACAGACGGCCCGCUCAUUCGAGUUCAAGGCCCGUCAGUGGAAGAUGCGGUGUCACGGGAGUUCAGGACACCAAGCAUAUGCGCGGCGACAAGCGGCGCUGUGGCUCAGUCUAGCAGCGGAUGCCCGUGCAGCCUACACAAAGCUGGCCACUUGA